AACAUCCGGCAAACAAGGGUGCAAAAUCGAAGGGAAGAAGAACGGGAAAAUGUGCUGAAAAUGAAUCGCGCCCAAGUGAAUCGAAGAAGGGUGCAUGCUUCCGCUGCGGCAACACGAGUCAUUUCGCAAACAAGUGUGUUCAUGCGAAAACGUCUGCCUGAAAAAGAAGAGUGCGUCGAGCACGAAAAACAAAAGUGAUUUCCACCAAGUGGAAGAGUGCGUAGUGCAACGUCAACAACAGUUAGAAGAUGAUGUUUACGUUGAUGAAAUCUGUGGUUUGUACGACGUGGAAAGUCGAGUGGACAAAUUCUGGAUCGUCCUCUCGGUGAAUGAUUCGAAAGUGAGAUUCGAGGUAGACACUGGUGCGCCGGUUGCGAUAAUGAGCGUUGCAGAUUACGAAAAGCUCUUGCCGGGUGUCAAGUUGGACAAACCGGAUCUAUCUCUUGUGAGCUACAGUGGAAAUUCGAUUGGAUUGCGCGGUAUGUGUACGGUCGUCGUUCAGUACGCCGGUGAAGUUUAUCGGUUGCUCUUAUACGUUGCGGAAAAUCGAAAGCAUCCAUUGCUGGGCAGAAGCUGGAUGAAAGUUUUGCGGCUGGAUGUUAGUAAGUUUUAUGAGGAAGUACAUUCGGUGACUGAUAAUGUUGUGAAGUGCACCACCGAUGAGUCGGUGAAGAAGCUCAUUGCGCAGUACAGUAGUGUAUGUGAUCAGUCUAUGGGCAAGAUCGUGGGACUCACUGCAAAACUGCAGUUGAAGCCGAACGCGCAUCCGGUGUACAUUAAAGCACGGCCGGUGCCGUUUUCAUUGAGAAGUGCGGUAGAGCAAGAAAUUGAAAAGCUCGUUAAUGACGGUGUGCUCGAAAAAGUGAACCACAGUGAUUGGGCGACACCCGUGGUCCCCGUUAUGAAAAUGAACAACAAAGUGCGAUUGUGUGGUGAUUACAAAAUCACCGUUAACCGAAAUCUUGUGGUGGACGAGCAUCCUCUCCCCACUGUCGAGGAGCUUUUUGCGAAUGUGGCAGGUGGAGAAAAGUUUUCGAAGAUCGAUCUGUCACAGGCUUACCUCCAGCUUGAAGUGGAUGCCGAGCAACGAGACAUUUUGACCCUGAGCACACAUCUGGGCCUAUACCGGCCAACACGCCUGAUGUACGGCGUGAGCUCUGCACCUGCGAUUUGGCAACGACUGAUGGAAGAAGUGUUGAACGGAAUACCGGGAGUGACAGUGUUUUUGGACGAUAUUCGCGUGACGGGUCCGAACGACAAAGUACAUUUGCAACGACUUGAAGAAGUGCUCAAACGUCUGAGCCAGUACGGUAUGCGAAUAAACGUGGACAAGUGCGUGUUUUUUGCGAAUCAAAUUGAGUAUUGCGGUUACGUCGUCGAUCGCCACGGUAUACAUAAAGUGAAAGAGAAGAUCGAUGCGGUGCAAAAUAUGCCAACCCCCGAAAGCAAAGAGCAAGUGCGAUCCUUCGUCGGGUUGGUGAAUUAUUACGGACGUUUUCUUCCUAACCUGAGCACGAUGAUUCAUCCGCUGAAUCGUCUCCUGCGAAACGAUGUGCCGUUUGAGUGGUCGAAAGCAUGCGAAGAAGCUUUUAGGAAGGUGAAACAGGAGAUGCAAUCUGACAGCUUUCUGGUGCAUUAUAACCCCGAGCUGCCACUGGUGCUUGCGACCGAUGCAUCACCUUACGGAGUCGGAGCGGUCCUUAGCCAUGUCCUUCCGGACGGCUCGGAGCGGCCGAUACAGUAUGCGUCCCAAACUUUGAACGAGACUCAACGUAAGUAUAAACAAGUUGAUCGAGAGGCAUAUGCGAUUGUAUUCGGCAUUCGGCGAUUCCACCAAUAUUUGUACGGGCGCAAAUUCGUGCUGUACACGGAUAAUGAACCUGUCAAGCAGAUUUUCUCCGAGACGAAGGGUCUACCCACUAUGUCGGCCUUAAGAAUGCAGCACUAUGCUACGUUUUUGCAGUCUUUCGACUACUCUAUAAAAUUCCGUCCCACAAAGCAACAUUACAAUGCGGAUGCAUUCUCGCGGUUGCCAAUUGCAAUGAAGCAGCCGAAUAACGUUGUAGAAGAAACUGACUUGCUGGAAAUCAGCAUUAUCGAGACAAUGCCUCUUACGGUGAAUGAUCUGGCCAAAGAAACUGCGGCAGACAGUUCGGUCAAGGUUCUGUUGCAGGGAUUAAAGAAUGGGAAGACUGUCGAAGCCAGAGAUCGUUUUGGUAUCAACCAGAACGAGUUUUCGUUGCAGCAAGGGUGCAUUUUGCGGGGAAUUCGAGUUUAUAUUCCUCCCAAGUUACGCACAAAGGUGCUUCAAGAACUGCAUUCCACCCACUUUGGAAGUACUCGUCUGAAGUCACUUGCGAGAGGCUACGUAUGGUGGGAAAGGAUUGACAGGGACAUCGAGGAAUUAGUCAUGAACUGUGCAUCCUGUCAAGUCACACGUCCGAAUCCUACAAAAGCCCCACUGCAUUGUUGGGAACCGGCAACACAGCCGUUCGAACGUGUUCACGUUGACUUCGCUGGGCCGUUCAUGGGGAAAUAUUUCAUCGUUUUCGUAGACGCAUUUACUAAAUGGCCGGAAGUGAAGAUUCUACGAGACAUAACGACUGCUACAACGAUCAACUCCUGCAGAGAAUUUUUCUCGACUUACGGAAUACCUUGCGUCCUGGUCAGCGACAGAGGUGUUCAGUUUACUUCGAGUGAGUUUAAGCGGUUCCUUGAACUGAAUGGUGUGUUCCACAAGAUGGGUGCGCCCUAUCACCCGGCCACGAACGGACAGGUGGAAAGGUUCAUUCAGACCUUCAAGAACAAAAUGAAAGCCUUGCAAUGUGAUAAAACGAAGAUGAAUGUAGAACUGUGCAAUAUACUUUUGACGUAUCGCAAGACUAUCCAUCCUACUACUGGAAAAUCCCCUUCUAUGAUGGUCUUUAAUCGCCAAAUUCGCUCCCGUCUUGAUUUGAUGCUGCCUGGUCCGAUACAUUCGGAAAGGGCAGAUCCGAAGAUUCGCUCUAUUCCGGAGGGAGGAAGAGUUGCUGCUCGUGAUUUUCUAGGCCAUGAGAAGUGGAAAUAUGGCCGUAUCGUGGAAAAGCUUGGGAAGUUGCACUAUAUGGUACAGCUGGAUGACAAUCGUAUAUGGAAGCGGCACAUCGACCAACUUCGUGAAGUAGGACCAAACUUGCCAGUUCGUCGCAGUUUGCCGGAUAUGCCGAUUCUGCCAGACGUUUCUACACAACCCACAAUCGCUCCGAAUGCAUCCAGUAGCCGUACUGUUCCGGCUAGUCAAGAAGCGCCAACAACCGCCAACUUCGGUGCAACGAUUGCAAGUCCGAGUGUUCAACCUGUCUUGGUGUCGGCUUCAGACCCUAGCCAGACAUUGAGUGUUCCGACUACGAAUAAAUCAUCGGAGCCAUUUGCGAAAAGUGGACGAAGCACAGGAUUACAUCAGCAAACGCCGAGAAGAUCAACCCGAGUAGUGAAAGCACCCAAGAGAUUGAAUCUGUGAAAUGUAAAUCAUAAGGGAGGAAGAGCUGUCAUAUAUUUUACAUAACCAUUCCCACUGUGAAUCUUUAUAGCUUUCUAGAUUUGUACCUUUAUAUUGAUUAUCCUUGCGCUCUUCCCACCCAACAUAUUUCUCUUGUCAUUUCCGCUAUACAACAUUGUAAACAGUGUGUAAGA